UUUACAACCUUGAACUUGCCUCUGGAAGAUUCUGUAGGACUACCCCCGAGACUAGGCCAUUGAGUUCUUCUUAUCUGCAUACUGUUAAGAGGGAAAAUCUACUUGUUAGGAUAAUCGCUUCAAUCAUACAAACUACUCUGCGAUAUUCACAAUUGUUUAUAACUUUUCUACUAUCUUGGUGACACUUGUUUUUACAAGAGAAUGAUAUUGUGACUUUCAAAGAGUUAGAGACAUAACCAUUGGGGAACAUUAUACUCCUCUACAAGUUACUUCGAUGACGACGACGACGAUGAUCAGCAUUGGAAUUGUCUGAACUCUCAAGAAUCAAGAUGUCGAAGACCAGCAUUCAAGACAUUCCUGACCUUCACCUGGCCAUCCUGAAGGGUCAGUUCCAGGACAUUCGUUACUUGGUUACAACGGGUGAAGAUGUCAACAUCCAGGACCCCGCCGAGCAUCGGACACCUCUCAUGCUAUGUGCUAUGAUCGAACAGGAGGACUGGGGAGUGGGCAUCGCUCGGCUUCUGCUUGCUAAUGGAGCCAUGGUAGGCUACUCGGAUCGACGCGGUCAGAACGCGCUCAUGACCGCGUGCAUCUUCGGACGCACCGAACUCGUCAAGGUGUUCCUCAAGGCGGUAGACUAUGACCCUAACCAGCGCGACCGAUACAGCAAUACCGCGCUGUUCUACGCCGCGUCGAACGGGAAGGAGGGUGUCGUAGAGGCGGUUAUCAAGUCCCUGUUACAUUUCAAGCUUCCUUUGGAUAAGCCGAACAAGUGGGGCAUGACACCUCUGUUGGAGGCAUGCCGACAAGGUCACGAGAGAGUGGCACAAAUGCUUGAGGAUCAUGGAGCGUCCACAGAGGUAAAGGAUGCCAAUCUGCACUGGGGACCGAUGGAGUGGAAACAUGAUCAUGAACAGAGGGUCAUCGACGAAGCUCCUCGGCGUAAGUCCUAUGAUAAACCUUGGUUACGAAAUAAAGACAUCCGGACGCGAAAACGAACCGUUAGCCUCGGGUCAUUACGUAAUGGUUUACCAUCCAUCUCCAACUCGAGGACGAGUCACCGCAGUGAUAUGGAAGACGACGUCUUCCUACCUCCUGCCAUUGUCGUCUCCCGGACGAAAAGUGAAGAGGCACUUAGUUCGCCGAGAACUUCCUUGCAAAAGGAAAAGAAACUUCCAUCGACAUCGACAAAGCGCCGAAUGCUUUUCAAGCCUUGGAUUCAAGACCUUACAAAAGGACAUUUCAUUACAGCCACUUUCGCGCCAGCACCUGCAACAUCAGAAACUCUUCAACUGCAUUCUGCGCCGAACACUUCUUCCACAACCAGUCUCUCUCGGCAGCGCGGAAAGAAUCACCGGAACAGGCAAGUUGACCCUGGAGUCGACUACCAUCAGAGUCACUUCAAGCAAAUAUUCCAACGCUACGAGAUUCAGUCUUCUGAUUCGUUCCGUCAAUGCGCCAAGACUCCGGAGCACAUGAAGAUCCCUGAAAUCCAACCAGUCAUGGAACAACUGACACCGCGUCAAGCGCAUGCGUCAAGCAAACUGACCCGACAACAAUCACGUUUAAACAUGAACGGAAGCAGUCGCUUGUCCAGCAGCAGUAGUAGUUUAGACCUGAACGCUGGUCGCAAGUCGAAAGCCGGAGAUCUCCGGGCUCGUGAUCGUGGAAGAACCUUUGAAGAUUCGGCGUCAUCAGUGAGCUCGGAGGACAGUUCGGCAGCUAGGAUGAUGGUGACUGCUUUUAGGAGAAGAAAAGGAAGUUUUGUUCCACCUGGUGUGGGAGACAAGCAAGGAUGAUUAAUCCGUGGA